AUGGGCUUCUGGGACAGCCUCUGGGAAGGCAUCAAAGACGGUGCCAAGUUCGUCUUGGAUACGACGGGCGACAUCGCGGAAGCCGCAGGGACCAUUGCAAAGGUCGCAGGCGUUUUCUUCGUCAACGAAGACGAAAUCAACGUUAUUGCCCAGUCUGAUCCCGUUCUUAAAGUAUUUGACGACUAUGAGAAAGCCACGACCGUGUUAGAGAAAAGGGCGCAUUCACUUUGCAUGCAGCAGCCCGACCCUCCCGGCAUGGUGGCGAUGCAGAACCCCGUUAGCACCGAGGGAAAGCUAUCGGGGAUCUGGACCAACCCGGUUGCCGUUACGGAAGCAGGCCUGAACGGGGCAAAGAAUAUCGAUACCUACCAGGACCUUUCGAAGUUCCUCACCGUGCUUGGAGCACCUUCUGCCAUCGUCACGCCUGAUCUGCAGAUCUGUGACACGGCGGAACUGGUUGCACAAUCUCUAUUUGCGAAUGCACCUAACGGGGCAAACUCCGAGAAGCAAGGCAAUGAUGCUGAUCCUGUGGAGGCAGUAUCCACAGCAAUCCAAGACCGCGGGGGGGACAAUCUUAUCAAAGCUUCUCACGUGUAUUACGAAGUGCCUAUGGGUGUCAGUGCACCAGAGACUGUCUGGCACGGAGGACUUCAUGUCAAUGUGCAACGGAGCAGAUCGGACUGCGAGGCAUACAUUGCUAGGCGAGGGGAACCAACCUACCUGUCUGAACAGCAUCGAACACCGGCCACGACCGGCGUUGUUUGGCAGGUCACCCUCAACAUUGAAUGGGCCGACCGAGUGGCCGCCGAAGAUGGAGCUAAGAAGACCAGGGACCUUAUCAUAAAUAGCGGGAGCGGCUACUCUAUCAUUGCAAAUACUCCGACAGGAAAGACCCAGAUCAUUAUACUCAAAGCCCCGGCCGGCAAAACUCCCGCUGAUGCGAGAGUCUUCAUGACAGACAUCGUUCGAAAAGCCCUUGCUGCCGAAAAGAAAACAUCUGCAGCGGCCGGACGGGAAACUGCAAUGCCGCAGAUUUUGGUCAAGUCAACAGUUCUUGCCUAA